GCGGCGCGGCGCCGCCUCGCCUGCGCGGAACGUGCUGCUCGGCGGCGGCCAUGGACGUUGGGGCGGCGGACUUCGCGCGCUGCCUGCCCUGCCUGCGGGACCGCGUCGGCCGCGCCGCCUUCCUGGGCCUGGACAUGGAGUUUACUGGCCUACAUUCAGCUUUCUCACAAAAUAACCAGCCCAGCCUGUUCGACUCCCCGGCUGAGCGGUACCAGAAGGUCAGGCAGAGCGUGCAGCGCUUCACCAUCACGCAGCUGGGGCUAGCAAUAUUCUCAGAAGAAAAUUCAAACAAGUAUCUGGUGCAUUCGUACAACUUCUUUCUGUUUCCCUCGACACUGGGAGUUACGGAUGCUGAACUCACCCUCUCUGCAUCUAGCAUCCAAUUCCUGUCUCACUAUGGCUUUGACUUUAAUAAGUUCCUGAAAGAUGGAAUCCCAUACAUGAAUGAGUUACAGGAGAAGAUCCUUAGCCAGCGUCUCUUAGAGGGUAGCUGGAAAGUCUGCAGUGCUCUGAACAUGGAUGUGGUGAAGAAGGCUAUUGAUGAAGUGACCUGUUGGAUAGCAGCAGCCAAGGAAGGGGACACAGUGAUUCUGCAGGAUCUGAGCGAUUCUCAGAUGCUUGAUGUUCAGCUGGUUCUGAGACAAGCUCUCCAGAACGUUUGGACACAGCCUCUUGGAGACAAUGAGGUAAUGGUUAAAAAAGUGAGUCCGCAGCGUCGUCGCCUUCUGGAAAGCUCUUCUCAUGACUCCUGCCGGAAAGAGCUCAUUCUCACAUCUGCCCGGGGCUUUACCAACCUUUUCCAGAUAAUUGUUAAAGCUAAAAAGCCCCUGGUGGGACACAACAUGCUGAUGGACCUCUGCCAUCUCCACGACAAGUUCUACAACCCCCUGCCAGAAAGCUAUGAAGAAUUUAAAAGGAAUAUUCACCACCUGUUUCCUGUCCUCAUAGACACCAAGACUGUAACAAAAUCCAUCUGGAAGAACUACCAGUUUCCUCGAGUAUCUAAUCUUCUGGAGGUCUAUGAGGUUUUGUGCAGCAGCGACCUAAAUCCCAUGGAUCCAACAUGUCCAGUGAUUGCUCUUGCAAGUGACUCUGCACGAUACGCUGAGAAGAAGUCUCCUCAUGAGGCAGCAUAUGAUGCAUUUCUCUGUGGUUCAGUUCUUCUGAAAUCAGCUCAUUUGCUGCUGUGUAGAUUGACAGACGACGCAGCGAAGGCCAAUUCUUCUUUCUCUCAGUAUCUCACCAUGUUAGCUGAGUAUUUGAACAAGGUGAAUUUCAUCCGAGGUGGCGUCUCAAGCAUUGUGCGUAUGAAUUGCAGAAUUUUUCUGGGGAAGAUAUUUCCCGCCGAUACCCCGCUCCCUUGGUUGUCUAUGUCCGAGGUUGGCCACGGCUGGAUGAAAGGCAGAUCUACCAGGAGUUACAGCCUCUUUGUAGCUUUGAUAUUAGGCGACUUUCAGACAACCAAUUCAUUUUGCUCUCCAAUAGAUUUAAGCAUGUCAUUCGUGUUCUGCAUGAUUACAAACAUCACCCUAAGCUGCAGAUCUCUGUCUAUCGCCACUGGAGGCACUCUCCGCAUGUGAACUGCUUGUUACAAGUCUCCGGUAUUGUGGCACUGUGGUCUCUGUUGGCCUUUGUGCUCGGAGGAGCUCCUUCCUGUUCACCGUAAAGGACUCUCUCAGAUGAGCCCUGAGGAACAGUUCUUUUUUUUUUUUUUUGAAUGUUUGUUUGUUUUGUUGUGUUUCAUUUUCAUUUCAUUCAAUAAAGCAUGAGCAAAAAGAACAGUGUUUUUAAUU